UCUAGCCAGCAAGACUUCUAGGCACCUCCUGUAGGUCUGUAGUUUCGCUUACCCCCCUAACUAGCCGCUCCGUGCUUACCUCCUCGUCAAGCAUUGGGCACGCCAACAUGAAUUACCGCUUUAAGAACCUCCUCGGUGCGCCGUACCGAGGAGGUAACAUCCUCCUUCGCGAAGACACGAAGCUCUAUUCGCCAGUUGGUAACCGCGUCAACGUCGUCGACUUGACGGCGUCAGAGUCCAACACGCUUCCGUUUCAGACGAUGACUGACGUGUCGCUCAUCGCGCUAUCGCCGGACGGCAACCUCCUCAUAGCCGUCGAUUCAGAUGGACGGUCCAGAAUGGUCAACGUGCAUCGGCGCGUAGUGCUCCAUCUUUUCAGAUUCAAGUUCCCCGUGGGUGCCCUAAAAUUCAGCCCGGACGGAAAAUUCUUCGCAGCAGGGGUUGGGCGACAACUCCAGAUAUGGCACACGCCGGAGAUGCGGAAAACCUUUUCGCCCAUGCGACUGUUCAAGUCGUUCUCGGGAGGCUACGACAAGGUGACGGCGAUUGAUUGGUCCCCCGACGGAAAGUGGAUCGUGGCCGCUAACAAAGAUCUGACGGCCAGGAUUUACUCUUUAGAUUCCCUAAAGAUGUACAAGCCGGUGCGCCUGGCGGGGCACAAGGAUGUGAUUGUAGGCGCGUUCUUCUAUGGAGGGGGCUCCGCGAUUAUGACUGGCGCGGGGCCCAACUUCAAGCGCGCGGAUGUGGCGCUGGGUUUAAGGGGGGGUUCGGGGGGGGUGGGGGAAGGGCCUGGGGGGGCGGAAAAGGCGCUUCGGAUUUACACUCUGUCUAAAGACGGCGCGCUGUUCUCGUGGUUCUUCGACCCGCUUAACAAGGUGCGGCGGAGAGCUAGGAAGAAUGGGCGGAGGAGGGGGGAGAAGAAUGGGGACAGGGUUUAUAGGAGGUCUAAGGGGGGGGAAGGGGGGGAGGUGGUAGACGAUGGGGGGGAGGAUGGGGAUGAUGAAGAGGAGGGGAGAGGAGAGGCAGAGAAUGGAGAAAAUAGGGAAGAGGAGGAAGAGGAGGAAGAGGAGAAAGAGGAGGAGAGAGAAGAGGAGGAAGGAGAGGAGGAGGAAGAAGAGGAGGAAGAGGAUGAAGAGGAGGAGGAGGAGAAGGAGGAGGAGGAGGAGGAGGAGACGGGUGAGGGCAAGGAGGGGGACGAGCAGGGAGAUGAGGAGGAGAAGGAGGGGGAGGAGGAAGCAGAAGAGGAGGGAGACGAGGAAGAAGAGGAGGAGGAGGAGGAGGAGGAGGAGGAGGAGGAGGAGGAGGAGGAGCAAGAGGAGGAGGAGCAGGCGAGGAAGAGAUCAAAGCUGGCAGCACGGACGCCCGCACCUGCUCCCAUCCGCGCCCGUCGCGAGUUCCGGUUGGACGAGGGCAAGUGGCGCCUGGAGGCGAAGCAUUUCUUCAUGCUGCCCAAGGCGCGCCUCACCUCCUGCGACCUGCACAAGCCCUCCAAUCUCCUCGUCGCCGGCUUCUCCUCGGGCAUCUUCGGUCUUUACCAGCUGCCCGAAUUCACCACCCUGCACCUCAUGUCCAUCUCGCGCACCAAGAUCUCCUCCGUCUCUUUCAACGAGUCUGGGGACUGGGUGGCGGUGGGCUGCGCUCGUCUAGGGCAGCUGCUGGUCUGGGAGUGGCGGUCAGAGACCUACGUUAUGAAGGUGCAGGGCCACUUCUACGACGUCAGCUGCGUUGCGUUCUCCCCGGAUGGGACUCGUGUGGUAACCGGGUCGGAUGACGCCAAGGUGAAGGUGUGGAGCCUGGCGUCGGGGUUCUGCUUUGUAACCCUCUCGGAGCACACCGGUCCGGUUACCGCUGUAGCCUUCCUCCCGUCCGGCGCGGGGUCUGCUGCGGCAGCAGCGGCGGGGGGAGCGGGGGGCGGAGGGGGUGGGGGAGCGGUGCUGAGCGCGUCUCUGGACGGGACGGUCAGGGCGUUUGACCUCUUGCGGUACCGGUGCUUCCGCACGCUCACCACGCCGCAGCCUGUGCAGUUUGCGUCGCUGGCCGUGCACCCGUCGGGCGAGGUGGUGUGCGCUGCGAGCCAGGACGACUUCCAGGUGUACGUGUGGAGCAUGCGCACGGGCAGGCUGCUGGACGUGCUAUCAGGCCACGAGGGGCCCGUGCACAGCCUUACUUUCUCGCCCACCCAAGAGCUCCUAGCAUCUGCAGCGUGGGACAGCACGUGCCGCCUGUGGGACGUGUUCGAGUCCAAGGGCAGCACAGAGCCCCUUCCCCACUCCCACGAGGUGCUCGCGCUUGCAUUCCGCCCGGACGGCCGGCAGCUGGCGACUGCCACGCUGGAUGGGCACAUCCACCUGUGGGACCCGCAGGAGGGCGAGCUGCAGGGCAGCAUCGAGGGGCGCAGGGACCUGGUGGGGGGGGUGGACGCUGCCGGGGGGAAGAAGGGGAAGGGCGGGAGGGGGGCGCUGCGGCUGGGGGAUAAGAGCUUCAGGAGCUUGUGCUACUCCGCGGAUGGGUGCUUCUUGCUGGCGGCGGGGACGAGCCGAUAUGUGUGCCUCUAUGACGUGGCCGAGAUGCUGCUGCUGCGGCGCUUCCUCAUCACCAGCAACAAGUCCCUGUCGGGCGCCAUGGACUCACUCAACCCGCACCGCAUGACGGACGCCGGCCCGCUCGACAUCCUCGAUAUAAGCGACUCCGACAUCGACGACAACGACCUCGAUGACUCGCACCGCCAGCGCCGCCACGCGCUGCUCGGCGCCGACCUCCCCGGGGCGGCCAGGAACGGCAGCCAAAGCCGCCCGGAGAUCCGGGUCAAGGCAAUCCAGUUCUCGCCGACCGGGCAGUCCUGGGCGGCAGCGACAACCGAGGGGCUUGUCGUUUUUGGCCUGGACGAAGGGAUUGUGUUCGACCCGUCUGAUCUUGACAUGGAUGUGACGCCCGCGGCUGUAGCGGCCGCUACAGCCGCUGGGCUGCACGCGAGGGCGAUACAGAUGGCUCUGCGGUUGAAUGAGACGAACCUGCUACAGGACGCAAUGAUGGCGGUGCCGCCCGAGCGGCUGGGCGCUACAGUGUCGGCGCUGCCGAGGAAGCGGCUGGGGAAGGUGGUGGGGGCCGUGGCUGCACUGCUGGAGGGACGGCCUGAGCUGGAAUACGUGCUGCUGUGGUGCAAGGAGAUCGUCCUGCAGCACGGCAAGGCGCUCGCCCUGCCGCCUGGCACGCCAGGGCGGGCCGCGUUGAGGCCGCCCAUGCAGGCGCUGGCGCGCGCGCUGACUCAGAUGCACGAUGACCUGGCGCUGUCCGCCUCGUCCAAUCAGCACCUCCUGCAGUACCUCGACUCGCUGCCCGCCCCUCCCUCUGCCACGACCGCCCCAUGAUGCCGUGCUGACGUGGCACCUUGCUGACCUGUCAGCGCGGAUUGCUGUCGGCUCAGCAGCCGUGGCAGCGGAUGUCAGAUCUGAGGCCAUGAGUGGUUGGUUGGUUGGCCAUGAGUGUGCACGCAGGGGAUGGUUGGUUGGUGGGUGGUUGGUGUUUCGAUGGUGGUUCAAUGGUGGUGGUGGUGAACCAUCCGGUGCAAGGGGAUGAACUUGAAGCUGUGACUCUUUGGACCGGAUGGCUCGUUGGUGCCGGCCCUCCCUCCCUUGGUACUGAAUAAUAGUCCAGUGCUGCUGGCUCAGCGUGUACCUGAUGUGCGGUCGUGAUGUAAUGUAUGCAUUGUUAUUAACAAUUUGUUACAUGUGCUG